AUGGAGAUUGAAACUUCUUGCUUCCACCUUAACAACAAGUUGGCGAACACAGAACUGAACGUCGAAUUUAACGGAACCCGACUAAAACAUAACAAGCACCCGAAAUACCUGGGCGUCACCUUAGACCGUACACUCUCCUUUAAAAAGCAUUUAAGCAACGUAGCCGCCAAACUUAAGACAAGAAACAACAUAAUAUCCAAACUGUGUGGCACCCGCUGGGGUGCCUCAGCCGAAACGCUCCGAUGUUCCGUUCUUGGCCUUGUUUACUCCUCGGCCGAAUACUGCGCUGCUGUCUGGACGAAUAGCCCUCACUCAAAACUAGUGGAUGUCCAAAUCCACAACUCACUUAGAAUGAUCAGUGGAACCAUCAAAUCCACACCCACGUAUUGGCUCCCCGCGCUCUGCAACAUUCCACCAGCCCAUCUCCGGCGAUCGGAAGCUCUCUGCAGAGAAUUUAGAAAAAUACAAAACAAUCCCCAACUCCAAAUCCAUGAAGAUAUCGCUCAACUAGGGCACAGGCUCCGCUCCGGAAAACCUCCAAUUCAAACAGCGGCAGCGCUUAUAUCCAAUAACUUCCACCUACAAGACGAAUGGGCUCAGAUGUGGCAAAAUAGCGUUCCUCCAGGUAUCUGCAGCGUUUUCCACGUUAACCAAACUGUUCCAGGUUCUACACUACCGAGAGGAACCUGGUGCUCCCUAAAUCGGAUCCGUACAGAAUGCGGUGUUUGUGCGGACUCUCUGCACAAAUGGGGCAAAUCAGAAACCAACUGCUGCGACUGUGGAAGGCGACAAACCAUCCGCUACCUAGCAUACGAGUGCGAAAAAAGACAGAGCCAGUGUACGACAACAGCCUUCUUGAGGGCCACUCCAUCGGCUGUUGUUUGGAUUGAAAACCUAGAUAUUAAGAUUUAA